GGUGAAAGUGUGAGCUCUGUGAGACAGCUGUUUCGAGCGAUGCGUGAGUUGCCAGAGAGACCUGUCGGGCAGUGCCUCAGCCGCCGCGUCGAAAGGGACAGUGUUGCGUGGUUCCAAGGUUACUUCGGUGUUUCUAGUGAAAUAACAGUCCGUUCUGACGCGCACCUUAUCAGUGUUUCCGGCGCCUAGUGCCGAAUUCCUUCGUUUCCUUCGCAUCUAACGCCUCCACCAAGGGGAUCAUAUCCGUUUCAUUUGCGUUACGGGUAUACAUUCGAUUGCAGAUUAAUUCCAUUUGGGCCAAGCCAGCGUCCGGAGAAGUCGUGCACACUAUUUGGCCUUCACAAACAUAUCCAAACGGUGGCCAUUUCUAAGGCGGUGAUUGAGUACCUUUGACCCCCGAAUUUGAGAAGACUUCGAUCGUGGUCCACCUAGCAUGAGAGUUCAAAUCUUCGCGAUUUACACAGAUGCCUUAGCCACCCGUCAAAGGCGGAAUGGGUCCCCGGUGAUCCGUUGAAGAGGAUGUCCUGGACUCGGGAAUAAUGACGACGGCCGUAGCGGCGCACGCCUCCGAUGGGGAGGGGGAGGGAGAGGGGGACGGAGGCUGGGAAACGCAGCAUAAACUCCUCGGCGAGAGCAAUGGGAAAACGAACGGGGGCCCACUCCCUCUCCCGCCCCUGGGCAACGGGACCCACCCCGCCCACCUGGAGAGCGACGACGAGGAGCUCAAGUGCGGGAUCGGGGGAUGCACCCCGGGCUGGAUGCAGGUCUUCGCCUCCAAGCAGGGUUUCCUCGUUACAUUCUGCAUCACGUGGGUCCUCCAGGGGAUGUACAAUACCUACUUCGUGAGCGUCAUCACGACCAUCGAGAAGCUCUUCCAGCUCCAGAGCAAGACGAUCGGGUUCAUCAUGUCCGCCACGGAGAUCGGGCAGAUCUCCUCGUCGCUCUUGCUCACCUACUACGUGGGCCAGGGGCACCGGCCUCGCUGGAUCGCCAUGGGCAUGGUCCUCUUCGCCAUUUGCUCCUUCACCUGCUCGCUCCCGCACUUCAUUUUCGGACGCCAGCUCCUCGACGUCUCCGAGCCGUUCGCCGACGUGAACAAGACCAACUCCAUGGCCAGCCUCUGCCCGGACCCCCGGUUCCCGCCCAUCCUCACUGCCUCCUCAGGGGCGGAACAGUGCGAGGACAAGGACUACCAGGCGGAGCAGCGAGCCCAGUCGGACAUCACGAACAUCAUCCUGGUGGUGUUCUUCGUGAGUCUCCUCGGGGUGGGUAUGGGCCAGACCCCGGUCUACACCCUGGGCAUCCCAUACAUCGACGAUAACGUGGCGAGCCGAGAGUCACCGCUCUACUUCUCCAUCACGAUCGGGGUGAGGAUCCUGGGGCCUGCCAUGGGCUUCAUCCUGGGCUCCCUCACGACGAGGCUCUACGUGGACCUCUCCGUGGACCCGGGGAUCACCCCCAAGGAUCCGCGCUGGGUCGGCGCCUGGUGGCUCGGCCUCGUCCUUGUCUCCACGCUCCUUCUCCUCUUCUCGCCGGCCAUGUUCUCUUUCCCCAAGCGGCUCAACGGCAGCCGCCCGGUCGCCCCCGAGAUAAAGAAGGACCCAGACGAGAGGGGCAACCCCUCGCUGCGCGACUUCCCGAAGGCGAUCAAGCGACUGCUGCGCAACGACAUCCUCAUGUUCAGGACGGCGAGUAGCGUCCUCCACUUGCUCCCCAUCGCCGGGCUCUACACGUUUCUGCCCAAGUACUUCGAGUCCCAGUUCCGGCUGACGGCCCACGACGCGGCCAUGGUCUCCGGCAUCGGCGGCAUCCUCGUCAUGGGCAUCGGCAUCAUCAUCUCCGGUGUCUUCAUCCUCCGGGUCAAGCCCAACGCCAGGUUCGUCGCCGGCUGGAUCGCCUUGGCCGCUGCCAUCUACGCCUGCGGUAUGGUGAUUUUGAUGUUUGUCGGAUGUCCCAUGGACGAUUUUGCCGGACUUAAGGAAGGUGAUAAGUUACCACGAUUCACGCCACAGUGUGAUACGCCAUGCGCUUGUGAUGAAGGGAAGUUCAAUCCUGUCUGUGGGAUGGACGGCCGAACAUAUUAUUCUCCUUGCUUUGCGGGCUGCCAUAACAGCACUGUUGUUGACGGCAAAGUUGUCGAGUUUAAGGAUUGCACUUGCAUAAAAAGCAGUAACAACUCCAUGGAAUCUUUCACUGUUGCAUCACCGGGCUAUUGCCACUCUGACUGUGGAAAUUUUAAGUGGUACAUAAUCCUAUUUUCCCUAUUCGUGUUUGUUCACUCCACCUCUGAAGUUGGCAGUAUGUUACUCAUUUUGCGAUGUGUGGAUCCCAGAGACAAGGCAAUGGCAUUAGGACUUAUUCAGUUUGCCAUUGGGCUUUUCGGAAACGUGCCAUGUCCUGUAGUAUAUGGAGCAGUUGUUGACUCAGCAUGUUUAGUUUGGGAUAUGGCUUGCGGCAAAAAAGGAGCAUGUAGUCUGUAUGAUGCCAAAGUUUUCCGCAGGUUUUACCACGGUACCACUGGUGGAAUUAUGUUACUAGCAUUUUUUGUGGAUUUAAUAGUUUGGUUCAAGGCUGGCAGCAUAAAUUUUGCAGAUGAACAAACUCCCGCCCCCGAAGAAUUGAGUCCUAUAAAUGAAAAACCAGAAAAAUCAGAAACUAGUGUGUAAAAAGAGGUGAAGUGAAAUUUUGCAUCGCUGCUUCAUUUAAAAACUGUUCUAUUUCUCCAAACUCAAACACUUGAAUGUACAUAAUGUCUAGUAUUUUACUAUAUUCUCAUGACAUCACGACUUUAAACGGUCACAAAAGUUUUUAAGGAAGCUUUUAUACGAUUUUUAAAAUGUUUCAUUUUUUUUUCUGUGUUCCGAUUAGUCCAAGUUUCACCUGUUGCAUUAUGAUCAAUGCAGAAAUGAAGUUUCAGCAUUUUAUUGUUAUUUCUUGUCGUAAUUUAUUUCGAGCCAUAUUUAAAUGUUUAACCUAAAUGUUAUGUAUUUUAUUUAUUUUUUAUUUAUUUAUUGUUAUUUUAUUCACCUCAUUCAGUGAACAAAAUGUAGGUACCAGAUACUGACAAUUUUACUGCGUUAACAUUCAGCAAGGCUGACAUUUAUCGAUAGUUUUUAUUAUUUAUCAACAAUUUCAAAUGUUGUUAGAAAAUACCAUCAAUUGUUAAUUUUCUCUCGAAAUUCACGCGUAAACCUCUUCAGCGCAAGUGAGUUCAAGAUGGUUUGUUGGAGUUUUGCUCUUUUAGAUCUGUUUACUUCGUAAAAAUGUAAGUGAUAUACCCCUGCCAACAAAGAUCAUUUCACACUUUAAUAAUUUCAAUCUUUGGAAGAAUAAGCAAAUUCACAUCUUCGGAAAAUAUUUUUCACACCAAAUAAGUCGAUGGUUUUCCUUAUGAUAAACUGCAGUUGAAAUAAUAAAUGCAACGAUUCUUUGUUUUCAUUUUUUAGUACGAGUAAUAAAAAUAGUGCGGGGAGAAUUUUAGAGUACCGACAUGUGUUAAAAAAAGGUAAUGACGAUACGAGAGUUAUAGGAAAACCCUCACAUUGAAAAAAAAUUGCCAAAUUUAGGGCAGUAUGUACGUAAAGUCUCGAUUAUCCGCGUUCCGAAUACCGCGAGUUUUCUUUUCAGUUGCUUUUUUCAUGAAGUGGAAGGAAAUUUGAGGGUCUUCUAAGUUAAAAUGUAUUAAUUUAGAACCAACUAUAACAUUUCUUUCUAAUAUUUGACGAGAAUUUAAAUAGAGUAUUUUCAACUAUAGCCUUCUUGGUCAUUUUUCCUGACCAAAGAGCUUAUCCUCGAAUUAGCCGCGAUUUUCGAUCAUCGGUAGCUCCGGUUUGAACCGCGGAUAACCAAGACUCUUCUGUUCAUGUAAUUUUACAUCUUGUUUGACAAUUUUUGUUAGUUCCAACAUACGAAGGAAGAAUUAGUUACUAUUGAUGAUUGAAACGUAGAGGCCUAUUUGUUGCUCAGUUUUUUGUUAAGUCUAUCUCACUUAAAUUUUAAUCUUUUUAAAUUUUGUUAAUUUUAUUUGUCAUUUUAGUUGAAAUUUUAUCCAAGCGUAGAAACAAUCUGUGAUGGAUCCAUAGGAAGGAGAACUGUAUAAUCUUAAAAAUUGUUGAAAUGAACCUGAGUAGUGGUCGUGAUACGGCAAAUUUAUGAUUUGUUUUAGUCUCAUCUUUUGAAAAGAGAAAAUCACACUUUGAAAGUGCUUUCAUGUGAGGAAGACCGGGGCACAGUGUAAAAUAAUUUUUCAUUUCAAUUUUUUGAUCCCUCUGAGGAGAUUUUUAGAAGUUCUUUAACAAGAAUAUAUAUUUGUGCCUAAAAUGUGCACGCAGAUGUUUUGACUAUAGCCUGUCAAUGAUAGGAAAGUUUGGAAAAAUCAAAAUGAUAAAAAAAUCAUUACGCCCUGGCGCCGCGGCAUUGUCAUCGGCGACCCUGGGGCUUCAUAGAUACCGGGGAAAGUACCAGUUCACCUUUUGCACUCUAUCGAACCCAGUUCCACCUUUCUCUUGCCUUUACAAUGACGAUUAAUAAAUCCUACGGUCAAAUGUACCUUCGUGUGGUACACCAGGGCACUCAAUGUUAAAGUCUUAUUGAGUUCUAGGGCAAAAGAAAAUUUGUUAUAGAGGAAUAAUACACCUAAAAACAUGCUCUUUCGUCAGUUUUAAGUAGAUUUCCCCUAAAAAUAGGUCCAAUAUUAAAUAAAAACGGAAAUGAGACAGUCUGAGAAAAUUUACCUAAAGAGAUACAAACUCUUACCAUGACAAUAUUUACGAAUGAUCGAGUGAUCGUCACAAGAUGGAGGACCACUGAAGGUCUAACAAGUCAUGUAAAUCCGCAUUCCUCGCUUAAAACAUUAGUGCACCAACAUUUAUUUCUUCACUGUGCCCCAGUGAUGCCCUUCCCUAAAACUAUACUGUUACAUUCAACUUCCAUGCACCUCUUUGACUUGUGAUUUUCAAAGGGUAUUUAUAAGGAUUUUUACUCUACACCCGUUUUCUACCUCAACCGACUCUGUAUUGCUCUUUCGUUGAUCCCCUGCAUUUAAACCAUCCAAAGAUUACUUUUUUAGACAUUCUCUAAAAAUACCAACUUAAUUAGUCUGAGGGAGAUGGUUUUUAGAAUAAAUCAAAAGAAUGUUCUACACUGUCAUUUUCUUACUGUAAAUUAAUUUCAAGAUUAGCCCCGCGCCCUUUGCAUGUGGUAACAUGUUCUAAAACCAUUCAAGCAUCAUGAUUUAUUCAUCGACUCCUAGGUAACAGGUACCUAUCUCAAAGAAAGAGCCUUACUAAUUCUUCCUGCAUGCUCAUAUUUAAUUACUUGUUGUUUGGAUUGUGUAUGUAGCAACGAAAAAUGAAUGUUUGAUUACAGGGGGGCGGGGGGCGGGCACCUCUCAGCAUCAAAUUUCCGAAAAAGGGUUUUUUUUGUCGUAAAAAGGCGGUGUAAUUUAUUACGAAGAUUUGUAAGUAAGAGAUCUCUGCGUUUGCAAAAUAUUAUUUUCCACUUUCUUUCACUGCAGAAACUUCUAAAAACUAAGCAUCACUAAAAAUUAAGUAGAUAAUACCUAAUUAAGCUCAUUGAUGAACCAACAAAUUAAGGUAACUCUCAGGAAACAUGUUGUCACAUCACCAGCAUUAUAAUUAUCGCCAUGAAUUUCAUCCGUAUUCGUGAAUAUUUUUCUUUAAAUUAUACAUCUUUCACAUUGAAUUCAAAGAGUCCAAUAUAAAUAUGACAAAUAUUUUUUUAUUUUUGUUAAUCAAGAAAUUGAUUAUAAGUACCAAUAGCCUACUGGCCCUAUCUUAAGUACAACUAUAAGAAUCUUGAAAGUCUCCAAAUCAUCACAUAAUUGUAUUUUUGUAACUCUGAACAUAACUUCAUUUAUGCUAAUAACUGUUCAGUUUACCUAAGCCGUUUAAGUGCCAUUGAGUAGGUACGAGUAUUUCUUUCUCAAUCUUUAGAUAAAAAUCCAUAAAAUUGUAUACGUUUCCCUGUAUUAGGUAGUGCUCCAAAAUCACCCCCUACCCUUUUUUUCCUACAAUGUGUACCUAAAAGAAAUCUAAAGCAUCGGGUGCUUUACAUUUGUCUCUGUGCACAGCUCAUCUCUUUGCAGCAUGUUCAAUUAAGCAUGGGUGUAAAUGCCUUUGAAGCCUGUAAAUUAAUAGAAACUUGAUUUUAUGGCCUGAACGCAUAAUUGGUUCGUCGUAUCUUCUCUCCUUAAAAAAAAUUAAAAUUAAAGCAGCAAAUCAUAUUCAUUUUUUAUCGGGGCUUUUUAAUGAUUAUCUCAAGGCAUUCAGUUCCAUCAAUGGAGCAUAUAUAAUUAGCACAGAUCUAUAAAUUCAUGUCCGAAUUUUGCGUUGAUUGCUAUUUUUCUAACGUAUGCAAAAAUCGUCAAUUAUCGACUCUAUCUUUGACUGAUUUUACAUUUUACUGUUCAAUUUUGUCUCCUUCGCUGUGAAUUAUCGUCGAUUUAGUUUUGUAAAUCAUUUUUGCUCUUUGCUUUAAUUUUUGAAAGCUAUGUCACCAAAAUAAUAUCAUGAGAUAUUAGUAGGUAUUUCUUGAAUAAAAAUUAGCUCUGAAGAGAUGGUGCAUUUAUAUUUUAAUUUUUUUAUUCGUAAUCCUCUAAGAUUAUAGUCUAUAAGCAUAGGUAAAUGUUUUUUUAAAAACAAGUCUCAUUUAAGUGAAAAUCAGAAAAACUGGAACGGCAACUGAAAUCUUAUGCAUCAAACUGCAAGAAAAAUUUUACAGUUUUUAAACAAUUAUGAGCUCUUUUACUAUUUUUCAGCAAGCCUUUUUGAGGUUAGCGUUUACGUAUGUUUAUCGAUUUGCCGUAGAGCCUGAAAGUUAAAUUUACCUUCUUUGCACCUUUGCAUCGAAUGAAAACUCUAGUAUUUCCAAUGAGGCUGGCUCUUUCGGACAGCAAGAAAAUCAUCCAUUUUUCUGCUCUCCAUAAAUUAGGUCCAAAAAUUACAGGUUUGAGCUUCUCUUUUUGUCAUACUUAUCGGCCGUCCCAAAAACUGAGCGCUCAAAGAUUACAUCUAGUAAGCUCAUUACUUCAAAAUCUACAUCUUCUAUUCAACUGAACAGGUGCUAAUGCGUGCGUAGAUAAAUAAUCUCUUGAAUUUAAUAAAAGCAGCUUUGUUCCAAUGAAAACUUUAUCUAAUUUAAAGUUAUCUGUUAGAUUUUGAAAUUUAAACUCAUCCUCAAUGCCUGAAAAUGCGUUAUAUCUGUCUCAUACAAUUUUUGGGGCCCUUUAAAAAACAGCCUUUCAAGCAUUUGGUGUUCUCAAUUUACUGUGAUAUUAAAUGGAUAAUUCUACUGAUGCAUCAGGUAGAUGAAAAUUAUUUAUCUUUUAUGUAUUUUUAGUAGCCUGUUUUCAAUUUUGUACGUCUACAAUUUAGCCUUACCAUAGUGAAUCUAAAGAUAUUUAUUUAAUUUUUAACGUAUUUUACAAAUUUAUUUCGAAGUAAUUUUUAUAAAACUUUCGUUGUUUUUUUUAUCAGAAUUAUUGAUUGUGUUAAAACACUGACUAGCAAAUUGACGCCCCUGUAAAUUGUGUGUUUUCUCCCCAAAGGAGUAAUGAAUAUGUUCAAGUCAAACAAUCGAGCGAGCUGUUCAAAAAAGACGGUGCCUUUCAUUCAGCCAAUGCAAACACAUUAAAAAUCCUGGGUUUAUGUGUUUCAUUUUCCCUCUCAAAUGGACAACAAAAGUCGGCAUUUUUGAGAGGGAUGUAAAAAGGAUCUAAUGGUGAGAGGAAAUACCGGCACAAGUUUGGGACUGAUCACUAAUAACAUCAUUAAAAAAAAAAAAAAAUACGUAUAACUGGGAAAUGUUUUUCUCAUAUAUCAUGACUUAAUUUUUCCUCCUCCUUGUUUUUAGUAUGUAUGCUUCAGCCUUUGCCAUUAGACCUUUUUCUUUAUUUACUUAGAAAGGAAAUUUGGAAAUAAAAAUUACUUGAGGAGUUUUAUUUGGAAAACCCGAGAGUGAAUGGCUUCUUCUAAAAAUUACAGACAGGGAAAGAUCAGUUUUUCUGCUCCAAUAUGUGUGAAUGGUGUGUGUAUGUGUAAGGCGCACGGAUAUGGGGUGUGUGAGGGUGUGUGUGAAUUUUAAUGGCACAUAAUUUCGCGAUCUACGAUCCUUGAUAGAUGCUCUUAGCGAGGUCACAGGUCCGGGUCCUGACACCAUGGGAGAAUGCAAUAGGUAGUGUAUUAUCUUUGGGGAAAAAACUAAAAAAUUGAACAAGUAAUGAUUCUCUGCUUAUCUGUGUCUCUGAUUUAUCUGAUACCGCGCUAACGGUCUUAUGUUUAAUUAGGUUAAGUUCUUGAAGUUUUCAAAGUAUGAGAAAAUACCCUCACGGGAAAACAAUUGUCACCACAACUAGCGGUCGGUACAAAAUCCGGCACCUGCCAUGCGGUAGUUACGAUAACAACAAUCGUCGUAGGUUACACAAAUACUCCGGUAGUUGCAGCAACUAAUACAGUAGUUCUUGACUUGUCUGGGUUUAUAACAACUUCUAUGAUAGUAAUAAUUGUAACCACUGGGUUAGUUGUGUGAUCUAUUGCAGAUAUCGUAACUUUCGCAGUGCAUUGUAGCUGCCACUUUUUUUACCAGCCGCUGGUUGCAACAAUUUGACUGUCUCUUUUUCGUGGCAGUUUUUUAUCUCUUUGCUAAGUUUCCUUCAGGUAGAAUUUUUUUACAAUGACUUGUAGAACAAUAGGAAUUCUUGAGGAAAUCAAGUGAAAUAAAAUGUGUACCUAAGACCUAGGUAAGCUGAAGUUAAACAUGUAUAAUUUUGUAUAAUAAACUUUGUAAAUUUCGAUGUUACCAAUUACCAUUAUUGUUGUAUAAAUUUUUUCAUUACUCUAAUUUUUAUCAUUAUCUUUACCUACUUUAUGGAAAUAUUACCUAUUUUUAUUAUCUUUCAAUCGCAAAAUCUAUUUGACAAGAAUGAAACUAUCAAUGGAACAAGUGUUACUAAAUAUAUUACCAUAAAAAAGCUU